AUGGACACAGAAGAGCCCCCAAAGCGCAAGCUGGGCAAGGUCGAGCGCGGCAGAGCAGCCUGCAACGAAUGCCGCAGACACAAGAUCCGAUGCCUGCCCCAUCCAGAAGAUCCAGACCACCAUUUCCCAUGCUCCAGAUGCGAGCGGAUGAACCUUGGGUGCGAGUUUACAAAGCACAACAGAGGGCGGAAACGCAAGAGGCCGACUGGUGCCGGCACUGAAGCCGCAUCCCCAGAGGCGCCCGAGGCAGAACCUUCCAAAAGCCGCCCACAACCUCGCCCAUACGAUUACCAGUCUUCAGAGCGUACUGAAGUAUUUUCGAAGUCCUUUGGCGACCCCCGUUUCCCAUUCAUCUCGUCCGAUCCCGCGGAUGCCGUCCCUUCCAAGGGCUACAGCAGUACGCGAUAUGAGAGUGAACACCGCAACUAUGGAGCAAGACAGCCAAUGUCCUUGAAGCACAUGAUCGGAGAAGAUUAUGAGAACGAAUUGUCAUCGGAUGAAGAUGAGGAAGACAGCCGGUAUGCCGAUGAGGACGAGGAGAAUAGAGAAGAUCAGGAGACGAGAAGAAGGGCUAAGGCGGCCAUAAACGGAGGAGGGUAUAGCGCGCCUGAUCCUGUGAAAGCGGGCGUAGUGUCGGAAGAAGAAGCAAAAGCAUUGUUCCGUCUGUUUAUGGCGCACCACAACAACUCGAUGCCAAUGCUCGAUCCUGCGGUACACACGCACGACUAUAUCAGGAACGCAUCCACUCUUCUCUACACUGCUAUCCUCUGCGUCACAUCACGGUAUCUCCCCUCCAUAACAUCCAACGAACACGAAAUCUCCCCCGAAUCCGCUCGUUCGGUACACCAGCAAAUUCUCGUAUCUGCCCGGGACAAUUUGACAUGGAUAUUUGCAGAAGCUAUCAUAGACAUCAACGCGGUAAGGGCAAUGAUCGUUCUUGCUCUGCACAAGGAACCAGACGAUGAUAAGGCUGGAUACUAUAUCAACAGAGCUGUGUUGAUGGGCAAGGAGCUAAAUUUGGGCCGGAUACCACCCAAAGAAGAGCUGGACCGGAUGAAUGAAGAUCAGCAACGUUGCCUACGAUCGCGACAACGUGUAUGGCUUUGUUUGUUCUUUGCCAACUCAAUUUUCGCCAUGCAAUUCAGGCAAACGAUGCUUAUCCUCCAGAAUGACCAUUUGGUGGCUUCAGCUCAUCAUUGGCUCAAACGGAGUAUGCCAGAGACGCUUCUGAGGGAUACGCAGCUGGUCUGCUCUGUCGAGUUGCGACGAAAGUAUCUCCACUAUCGGGAUUUGUUGCUUGGGACUGGUCCGGAGGGGACGGCGUAUAGGAGUGCUUUAUCGCUUUCCAUCUUGACACGCUCGAUGAAUGAGGAUUGGGACGUCAUAUCGAAAGCUUGGAUUCGGGACAUCAUUGAUGUCGGGGGAACUUCCUCACACGUCACCAAACCACGGAUCUGGUCUUCCGCUCUCUGCCUCAAUCUCAAUCUCCUCCUGGUCAACCAGACCCUCCGUCUUCCACCAGAUGACCAAAUAGACUACGGAACGCCAAGCUCUAUCCCUGCUUUCCACCAUUGUCUGAACGCUGCAACGACAGUUUUGAUGCGUUUCGAAGCACUAGAUAGGCAGCAGUUGACUUUUGCUUCCGACACAUUCCUGCAUUUCGCACUGUAUGCUGCUACUCUAUUGUCGAGUCUCUGCAGGGGUCAACAUCCCUAUAAAUUUGACUCACCCGAGAUCGAACACUGUCGCCGUCUUAUCACCAAAGCAGCUAACGCUCUCGAUUCGGCCUCGCAUUACACUCGCGACUCGCCCCAACUCCAUUCCUUCUACCUCCGCCGCCUGCUCCAAUACCUACCCCCUCCUCCUCCUGUUCCGACGUCAGGCUCACAACGAUCGAGCAGCCCCCGCUUCACAAUCCUCCCCGGCAUGUCUAGCUUGCCCGGGAUGGGAGAGGAAGGCAGCCAGGUAGGGGCCAUUGCAGAUUUAGCGGCAGUGGCGGGCACCGGGGUGGGAGUCGGGAUGGACAUGGACAUGUUUAUGUCUGACUUUGCAUGGAUGGGCGAUCUUGGGGGCGGCACAGAUGGGAAUCUGGCUUUGGGGCUUGCAGGGAGUCUGGGGGGCUCAUUGCCGCAGAUGCAGGCGGCGGGUGCACCUCUGUAUGGGUCCUCUUUCGGUCGGGUUUGA